AUGGCCGCCCCUGCUCCCAAUCACUCUUGUCGUGUUUAUGGUCCUCUCCUCAUUGCUGGAGACCAUGUGUCUCCGGUGAGACCCAGGCAACAUCGCUUCCUCUGCAACCUCGAUCUGCUUACCGAUGCUGUGGUCCAUCCGGUCAAUGUCCACUACUUCACCAUGGACCCACCAGUGACCGACGAGGUGGUGGCAUUCUGGGGAUCGCUCGCUCAUGAUGGCUCGGUCCAGGCCGAGAUGGACAUCUUUGCAUUUACCAUGGAGCGUUUCCGCUGGGCAGAUGUCAAUGACGAAGAUUAUCUUCAGCAUGUCCCUGGUGGCCGACGUCUGAUGGUCAAUGCCCAAGGUGCCGUUGAAGCGAGCAAUGUGGAUCGUACAUUCACCUUGGCGGGUCAGGUAUGGGGGGAUGAACACCUUCCGCAUAAGAGUUUGGAUCCCGGACAGCCCACGCUGGGGUAA